AUGGCACAACUUCAAGCGUACUCCAUCGCCGAACUCACCCGUUGCAAACUCCUCCACGAAGCCUCAGUUAAAAGCCGAGAUCUUCGCAGACUCGUUGGCCACACCAACAUGUACGACAGAUUACUCGAUGUUAUGAACGCAGAAGAAAUACGAGAAAGAGAAAAGCCACCGCCCAAGUCUUUCAAAACUCAUCCUGAUAACCGACGUGUCAAAUGCUCCGAACGUCCUUCUCCGAGCCGCAUAGAUGAUCACGAAUUGGGGGCUGCAGUAAAAGAGACAGAGUCUUUCGGAUAUUCCGUUCAUCGUGAAAGUGGUUCACUCGAGUCCCAGAAUGGGUAUGGUGUUGAGGUGGCAGAGGUAGAGAUACUGGAUGAUGAUGAUUGA